CCAAUGAAGGUGUGAACUUCGGCUAAAAACUCGAAGGGACAGAGAAACUUGCAAUGUCCCAGCUUUGUAGAUCAGUGUCAACUCUGUCAUUUAUUUGCCAAGUGUGUUCCCGCCAAACGCAGCGAAUUCGCGCCAACUCUCAUAAGCUUGAACGUGCAUCUCGUUGUGGUUUGUUCCAACAUCCAGGAUAUUGACACGGCACACUGUUCCAGCAACUCUUCUUUCAAACCGAAAUACGUUUCGGGAAUAUGAUAUAAAUAAUCAUGACAUUAUAACAAAUUGCGUCAGAAGUGACAUAUCGAUUGACAAUCUUGACAUUGUUGAGUGGGUGGAAAUAGGAACUAAGUCAGUCGAAAAAGGUGUUUGUAUUGUCCUCAAAACGUGUCCCCGUGCCUCAAAAUGCAUAUCAAGAUUCGCCAUGGCGGGCAGAUCUAUUUACUCCCGGAUAUCAGUAAAAUGUCCACCAUUCGCUCUUUGCGGAAGAAAAUUCAAGACAAAACUGGCGUGGAGCCCAAAAGACAACGGUUAAUCGCCAAGGGCAAACAAUUGGACGAUGAUUACACCUUAAUUGACUACGGUGUGGAUGUCAAUUGUCUUGUGGAUGUUCUGGAGCGCUUGGAGCUCCCCCGAAACGAGAAAGAAAUAUUUAGACUCGGAAUCAACGAGGAUGUCAAGGAAAAUGCGCCUCAAAAUGGACAAUUUGAUUCUCCGGAGCCAGAGGAGAAGGCUAUAGAUAUUCAAGAUAUUUAUCAUGGGGACCCAAAAGAUCUGGUGGUGGAAUGCAAACAAUGCAAUGAUAAUCCGAAGAAGAAAUGCGGCGAAUGCGGUUGUAAGAUUUGUCGAGGCAAAGAACGACCCGAAUUGAACCUAAUGUGCGACGAAUGCGAGUACUGCUAUCACAUAUUUUGUCUUGACCCACCUCUGGAAACCAUUCCCGAUGGAGAUUGGUAUUGUCCGGAGUGUAAGAACGACGAAAGCGAAAUUGUCGCCCCCGGAGCGAAACUCAAGGCUUCGUUGAAGAAAUCUAGAAUGCCUUCUUAUCAAAAUAAGUCGAACCGGGAUUGGGGCAAGGGCAUGGCCACAGCUGGUCGAACCAAAAGCUGUACCAAAGUGCCCAGCAACCAUUUUGGACCCAUUCCAGGGGUUGAGGUGGGCAUGUGUUGGAAGUACAGAUUGCAGAUGAGUGAGCAAGGGGUUCAUAGGCCACCUGUGGCUGGCAUUGCGGGACGCCCUACCGAAGGAGCAUUUUCAAUAGUAUUAGCUGGAGGCUACGAGGAUGACGUCGAUAAUGGUGACGAGUUUUACUAUACAGGUGCCGGAGGGCGUGACCUGAGCGGUAAUAAACGAACGGCGGAACAAUCCUUCGAUCAAGUCCUGGACAAGACUAAUCUGGCCAUCGCUGUCUCAUGUGACUGUAAAGUGGACAAGGAGAAGGGCGGGGAGGCAAAAAAUUGGCGCAAAGGCAAACCCAUACGGGUUGUUCGAUCUGAGAAGCUAAAGAAGCACUCUGCGUAUGCUCCCCAGGAGGGGUGUCGAUAUGACGGAAUUUACAAAGUCGUCAAAUACUGGCCAGAAAAGGGAAGAAGUGGUUACAUCGUUUGGCGAUACCUCUUCAGACGGGACGAUAACACCCCUGCCCCUUGGACUAAAGAAGGGAGGGCAUUAAUAGAACGAAAUGGCUUCACCUGUAUUUACCCGGAAGGUCACCUUGAAGCAAUGGCAGAGAAAGCAAAGUCCAAAGAUUUGAAGGCAAACCCCAACAUCCGCCAAGGCACGAAAAGAACGAGAGGAAACUCAUCUGAUGGACUCGACGAAGACGAUUUUGCUGACAUGACGAAAGCAAAACCGACGUUAAUUACUCCGGCCAUCAAACGCUUCAAGAAAACCACAAAAUACAACAUUGACGCAGACAUUCUAAGUCUCAUGGCUUUGGACAAACGCAAUUCAAAGCUUUGGGACGAUGUCAAGCAAACUGAGCUCCGAACCAAAUUUGACUUUACCAACAAAGUGGAAGAAAAUUUCCAAUGCCUUUGUUGUCAAGAUGUUAUAUUCAAGCCUAUAACGACUUCAUGUGGGCAUAAUAUUUGUCACUCCUGUCUAAAGAGAGCCUUUAAAUCGGAAUGGACUCAAUGUCCUUCUUGUCGCAACGAUCUCAAAGAUGAAGAAAUUCGAGUUAACCAUGAACUGGAAUCGGUUCUGCUCAAAAUAUUUCCAGGCUACGACAAUGGUCGCUCUUGAGUAACCUUUUUAACAUCAAACAUAUCUCCAACCUGUGUUAUAGUAUGUAGUAAAUGCAUGCACAAGUUUUGGUCACAGUACAAGUUUUUGAAGAAAUUGAAAUAAAAUUACUCCAUUGCGAAGGA